AUAAAAUGAUAAAUCUAACAAUUUUUUUGUGAAAAUAAAAAGUGUAUAUAAUAAUAAUAAUAAUAAAAAAUCCAAAUCCGGAUAAAUUAUUCAUGCAUUUCUGUUUUAAUCGUUACACAGCUCCAACUACCUACCUUAUUCCGUUCCCGGCAUGCAAAACCACCGUAACUGCCACCGUCGCCACUCCUGAAUUUAACUAACAUGGCUUUAACUCUAACUUCUCCUCACUUUCGCUUCCAACCUUUCCUCACACGCACCAAUUACCUUUUCUUCUCCGACCUCACCGAACCACAAUUCCAUGAUUCUCUCACUCUUCUUCGCCGGAGACCGAUCUCCGUUACAUCACCGCCGGCACUCAAGCCAGUGAAAUGCAGUAGAUCCACGGAGGAGAAGCAGUGGAACGACGCUGAAACGGAAGCUGUCGCGUCUGAUUCCGAUGAAUCAAACGGUCAAGCUCCGAGCAAAACUUCUUCAAUAGAGUCUCCGAGGAUUGCAACAACCUCUUCUGGAGAUUCUCUUUCUCUCGGAAUUCGUGAACCUGUUUAUGAAGUUGUGGAAGUGAAAUCAGAUGGGACAGUAUCGACUAGAAAAAUCAAUAGAAGACAGUUAUUGAAGUCUAGUGGUCUUCGUCCACGGGACGUUAGAAGUGUGGAUCCAUCAUUGUUUUUGACAAAUUCAAUGCCUUCUUUGCUGGUCCGUGAGUAUGCUAUACUUCUAAACCUGGGUUCACUACGAGCAAUAGCAAUGCAAGACUGUGUACUUAUAUUUGACUAUAAUCGUAAAGGAGGGCAAGCUUUUCUAGAGUCAUUGCUGCCUCGGUUGAACCCCAAGAGCAACAAUGGAGGGCCAUCAAUGCCAUUUGAAAUCGAGGUUGUCGAAGCAGCAUUGCUUUCAAGAAUACAACGUUUGGAGCGGAAACUGAUGGACUUAGAACCUCGUGUUCAAGCUCUUCUUGAGGCCUUACCAAAUCGGAUAACUGGGGAUAUACUGGAGCAACUUCGUAUUAGCAAACAAACUUUGGUUGAGUUAGGCUCAAGGGCAGGAGCUCUCAGGCAGAUGCUGCUUGACCUUCUGGAGGACCCAGAUGAAAUACGGCGGAUAUGUAUUAUGGGAAGAAAUUGUACAAUAAAUAAAGGAAACCAUAAUGUGGAAUGCUCAGUGCCUUUAGACAAGCAGGUUGCUGAGGAGGAGGAGGAGGAGAUUGAGAUGCUUCUGGAAAAUUAUCUCCAAAGAUGUGAAUCUUGUCAUGGUCAAGCUGAAAGGCUUCUUGAUUCUGCAAGGGAAAUGGAAGAUUCAAUAGCUGUCAGUUUGAGCUCACGGAGGCUUGAAGUUAGCAGGGUGGAACUGCUUCUCCAGGUUGGAACAUUCUGUGUGGCAGUUGGUGCCCUUGUAGCAGGCAUAUUUGGCAUGAACCUGAAGUCCUAUCUUGAGGAACGUGUGUUUGCAUUUUGGUUUACCACAUCUGGGAUUAUUAUUGGUGGCAUUGUUGUUUUUUUUAUUAUGUAUAACUACCUCAGAGCAAGGAAAAUAUUUUGAUCAGACGAAACUUCAAAUAUAGGUUAUUUUCAAAUAUGAAGGAACGUAAGCACCCACAAAUACAGUGAUUGUGCACGAAGAUCAAUCAACCGAAAUGAAUUUGGAAGUAUGCAUGAUAUAUUAUUACUCACACAACUGAUGUUGUAACAAGCUUUAGCUUUUAUUCUUAUUCCAGAGGGGGAUAGCACAUUCAAUUUUUUACUGCUUCACAAAUUCAUAAUGGUUAUGUGAGCCAUCAACAUCAGGAGACUCUUCACUAGGUUGUUCCUUGUGUGGGUGUUGUGUGCAAUAAAACAUUCGUCAACUUACACUAUUUUUAGUGUCAAGGUAUUGUAUACAUAAGAACUGCAUGAAGGUAGUUGAAUGCACAGACGUCAAUAAGCACUUUAGUUGAUAAUAUUGAUAUUGUAUCUUCAAGUGAAUUUUUACGGUGCUGAUAUGUCCAAAAUCAGAAAAGUAUGUCCAGUCA